UAACACCUUGAAGAGGUCUUUCUCUCACGUGAAAAAGUUCUGCCAGAAAUGAGCUCUGAAGGUGUAGAUAAGGUUAAAGAAAGUGUAAAGGUCUACUAUGGCAAAACCCUCAAGUCUUCUGAUGAUCUUCAGUCGAAUGCCUGUAAACUAGGUGGAAAACAAAUGUCAGACGCCGUGGAGAACGCUUUGAAACUUGUCCAUGAGGAGGUAUCGAGCAAGUUUUAUGGGUGCGGUUUAGUGGCCCCAGAGGCAAUUGACGGCUUGUAUAUCCUGGAUCUUGGAAGUGGAUCGGGACAAGAUUGUUUUGUACUCAGUAAACUGGUUGGUGAACACGGCCAUGUUACUGGAGUAGACAUGACCAAAGAACAGGUGGACAUUGCCAACAAGUACGUAGAAUACCAUGCUCACCAGUUUGGAUAUUCUAAGCCAAACACUGAUUUUAAACUUGGUGAAAUGGAGCGACUGUCUGAUGUAGGAAUACAGGACGAGACUAUGGACAUAAUAAUUUCAAACUGUGUUGUAAACCUAACUGCAGACAAGAGAGUUGUUCUUAAAGAAGCUUACAGAGUUCUUAAGGAUGGAGGCGAGGUAUACUUCAGUGAUGUUUACACCGAUACAGAACUGCCUGAGGAAGUCAGAAGAGACGAAGUGCUUUGGGGUGAAGGUGUUGGAGGAGCUCUUCACUGGAAGGAGUUGAUUAAGCUGUGCAAGGAAGUUGGUUUCUCAGGGCCAUAUUUGGUUACUGCCAGACCUUUCGUGGUUGAACCACAUCUUAGACAACCUCUUGGUAAUGCACAGUUUGUGGCGGCCACUUAUCGCUUGUUCAAGGUCCUUAACAGCAGUGAGACAGUUGCUUCUAGAGUAACAUACAAAGGAACUAUAGAGGACAACCCAAACGAACUCAAGUUGAGUGUUCAUAACACCUUUACGAGGACAACCAAGGCUGUUUCUACUGAAGUAGCAGGUGUCCUCAGGGCAUCCCGUUUCUCGAAGCAUUUCGAAUUCCAACCGCUAGAGCCUGGAACCACAGCUCCCGUUGAUGACGUGUACAUUGACGCGGAUCCUUUUGCCUACUGUGUGUCAAACAAAGUGGCGCCAGGAGCAUCUUGCCCCAAACUGGCUAAACUGGAAAGUUGAACAGAGAAACGGCUUGUUACCCAAAAUGUAGGAAGAAGGUUUCAAGGCGCCAUUUUGAGCAUUCUGUAAAACCAUUUUGAGACAGACUUAGUCUAGCUAGUUUGAACCUUCGUUGUCAUAGUGAACAGGGAUGCUAUAAUGUUAUUUAAUUAUCACCUAGUCAGUUACUUUGGAAUUCAUAUUCACUGUUUUGAACUUGAAGUUGAGCUUUUAUACCGUUGACUGAGCUCUUACUUGAAAUGCUUUCAAAUUAUCUUUUUCUUUUUGUAAUAUUUUAAUAAGGUUUUUGAUCUCUCACUUAGAGUUGUAACGAUAUGUGUCGAUAAAUACAGGACUAAGGGAAGCCAUGCAGAACAAUUAAUAAACACCCUUAUAAGUGUAAA